AUGGCGGCGGCAGCAGCGGCCGGGCGUCGGCUAAGCUCCCAGCCAGGCUCGCAGCCCCGAGCCAGCCCGGACCACCCGAUUCCCCCCGGGGCCAGCCCUUGCGGGAUAAAACAACAAAGAAGAGCAGGUCUCUCCAGUGCAGAGAAGACCAAGGUGCCGAGGGGCGCGGGUGCAGGUCCCGGAAGGAGCCUGGAACAGCUCCAGUCCAAAUAUGACCCCCAGAAGGAGGCUGAGCUCCGGAGCUGGAUCGAGGGACUCACCGGCCUCUCCGUGGGGCCCGACUUCCAGAAGGGUCUCAAAGACGGCGUCAUCUUGUGCACACUCAUGAACAAGCUCCAGCCGGGCUCCGUCCCCAAGAUCAACCGCUCCAUGCAGAACUGGCACCAGCUGGAAAACCUCUCCAACUUCAUCAAGGCCAUGGUCAGCUACGGCAUGAACCCCGUGGACCUGUUCGAGGCCAACGACCUGUUCGAGAGCGGGAACAUGACCCAGGUGCAGGUGUCACUCCUCGCCCUGGCCGGGAAGGCCAAGACUAAGGGGCUGCAGAGCGGUGUGGACAUUGGUGUCAAAUACUCGGAGAAGCAGGAACGCAAUUUCGAUGAUGCCACCAUGAAGGCCGGCCACUGCGUCAUUGGGCUCCAGAUGGGCACGAACAAGUGUGCCAGCCAGUCGGGCAUGACGGCUUAUGGCACGAGAAGGCAUCUGUACGACCCCAAGAACCACAUCCUGCCGCCCAUGGACCACUCCACCAUCAGCCUCCAGAUGGGCACCAACAAGUGUGCCAGCCAGGUGGGCAUGACGGCCCCCGGGACUCGGCGGCACAUCUACGACACCAAGCUGGGGACGGACAAGUGUGACAACUCCUCCAUGUCCCUGCAGAUGGGUUACACGCAGGGCGCCAACCAGAGUGGCCAGGUGUUUGGCCUGGGCCGGCAGAUCUACGACCCCAAGUAUUGCCCGCAGGGCCCUGUGGCUGAUGGGGUUGGAGGGGCUGCAGGCGGCGGCCCAGGCCCAGAGGAGGCCCCGGAUUACGCCCCCUACCACCAAGAGGAGGCGGGCCACUGAGGCCCCCUGCUGGCGUCUCCCCACAUCACCCUGUCUGCUUUCAGGGUUUUUCGGGUUUUCUUUUGUUUUUCUGCUUCUCUUCCAGCGGCCCCCUAGGGUCUGUGGGGAAGGGGCGGAGCCACAUGCAGAUAUGGGCGGUGGGCGGGGUGCCAGAGUUUCCCUACUGGCUUUGGCCUGACCUUGGGGGAAGGUGUUGCGGGAAGAAACUUGCGCAGGGAGGGACCUGCCCCCUAAUGGCUUCCGGUGGCCUCUCCCUCUCUUCCCUUUUCUCUGCCGAUCAGUUUGCGGUUUCUGUACCCAGAGAAGCUCCGGGCAGUUUUAACGAAAAAAAAAAAAGUUUUUGCAAGGGAGUGGGGGCGGGGUGGGGAUGGUGGAAGGGGCUGCCCCCGAAGGAAGCAGGCCCCCUGGGAGAGGGUCGGGCCACAGUCCCGAUUGUGAGGCCCUGGAUUUCCGUAGCACUCAGCACCGCCCCCCCCCCCCGUAGGUACCCCAGGGCCUAGUGGAGAAACUGAGACCCAGGCAGGACACAAAGCCAGGCCCGCCCUCCACCCUUCCCCGACUUGUCCCCAUUCCUCUGCCAAGUACUGCACAGGGAUCCCCACCCAGAGGUCCUCCCUGGGGACUGGCCCCCAUCCAGGAGCCCUGGGACCAAGAGAUAAUGUGAAAUGUUAACUGUGGACCAAACGCAAUAAAAACCUCUUUUUAGGAAGGAA